AUCGAUCGUCAUCACCAGACACGUCCCCGGAAGCGCAGGAGUCUCGCGUAUCUCGGACCCCGUGGACAUGGCGUACUGGGCGAGGGUGUGCGCGCGCCUCGGCAUGGGUCUCGCUCGUUUUCCCGCUCUGAGAAGCGCGUGCGCGGCCCGCUACUACGCUGGAGUGCUCGGCUCCCUGGCUGUCGGGGGACUCUUCCUCUCGCGUCACCGCGGCUCGGGGACGCGCUUCGGACCCUGCGCCGUUCACGCCGCGCAGGACGAGGAGGAGGAGGAGGAGGAGAAGAAGAAGAAGAAGGCUGUAAAGGAAAGCGCCUUCUCCGUCCAGUCUGCUCGACGGCUGCGUUUCGCUCAGUUCUGCUCCGUCGAGUACGAGGAGGAGCCCUACAUGACGCCGAGGGAUUUCCUCUUCUCCGUUACGCUGGAGAAUGUCGAUCGCAAGCUGAGAAAGAAGGUUCUUUCCAAGCAGGAUGUGGAUAAAAUGCUGAGUGCUGCUACAGCAGCGAAGGCAGGCCCCACUCUUUUCCGCACGUUAGGGGAUAGUGGUUUGAUUUCCUACACAGAAUAUUUGUUCCUGCUGACAAUUCUCACAAAACCACACACAGGAUUUCAUAUUGCUUUCAAAAUGCUUGAUGUUGAUGGUAAUGAACAUGUGGACAAAAAGGAAUUUCUGAAGUUGAAGAACAUAAUUGGGAAAAGAUCAGACAAAUUUCCAGGAGAAGAUAUGGAGAAACCAGUAAAUGAUGAUGAUGAUGAUGAUGUGACUACAACAUUACAAGCACAUUUCUUCUCCAAGACAGGAAGGUGCAAACUUCAGUACAGAGACUUUUGCAGAUUUAUGGAAGACCUCCAAGCUGAAGUGCAGGAAAUGGAGUUUCUGCAGUUCUCCAAAGGAAUGGACACCAUGAGGAGGGAGGAUUUUGCAGAGUGGCUUUUACACUACACUAAUGAGGAGGACAAUGACAUCUAUUUGGAGAACAUGAAGAAGAGAAUUCCAGCAGGCCAGAGUAUUACUUUUGACGAGUUUAAGUCCUUUUGCCUCUUCACAAAUAAUCUAGAAGAUUUUGCCUUAUCUGUGAAAAUGAUCAGUGAAGCCAAUCGUCCCAUAGGAAUGGCUGAGUUCAGAAGAGCGGUAAAAAUUGCAACAGGAAAUGAUCUGUCUGAGAGCGUGCUGGAUACCGUUUUCAAGAUAUUUGAUCUGGACGGUGACAACUGCCUCAGUCAUAAAGAGUUCAUUCAAGUAAUGAAGGACAGAAUUCAUCGUGGCUUGAAGGUUCACCCUGAGCAUGGAAUUCCUGGCUAUUGGAGAUGUGUGAAAAGAGAAACCUUGAAAGGUGCUCAGGAGGCUUUGAAAAAGACGGGGAGCCCCUUUUAAGAGUAGCGAGGGGACUGGGAUUCAGUGCCGUUCCAUUACUUCUUGGU